UUCAGUAGGUACCUUAUACAGCAGUGAUGUCACGCAUCCAGUGAUGUGAUGUUGAUAAAUGUAGUAUCACGCCAAUCCUCGCAAAUUCGUAUCAACAAUCACGCGAAAAAAAAUCUAUCAGUGUCAACUCCGUCCAAAAACUCGUAUCACCCCAACAUAAUUUAAUGUUAAGCCGUUUGGAAAAAUCGUUCCUUUUUAAACCCCGAGUUCCUAUAAAGUGGUUGAAGUGUCUUUGAGUGAAAGUGUCUUUUUGGGAUUAUUAUCCGCAAAGCAAAAUGGGUCACGACUUAUAUUUCAAAUUCUGCAAGACAACAAAUAGGUUAUAAUUCCGAUUUGGGUGUCAGAAAUCCUUGCUGAGGAUGGCCAGCCCUUGGCCCUUUUCCAUUCUUUUAAAAUAACCAAUUAUCGUGAAAAUUUUGCAAAAUGGCGACCACAGCCCGCCGCCGAGACCCCGACGACGAUAUAGCAGCGAUAGCAAAACAGAUUUCGGAACAAGCCGAGGCCAUUUAUCAAAAUUGGAAGUCGAGAGGUCUAGCACCAGCCGAUUUAAUCACCUGCCAUGCUGUAGGGGACACCACGAAGCUAGGAUCAAUGCUGAAGCCUCAGCCACCGGCGAAGCCCUCGAUCGAUCUGCUAGCCCAGGCGCCCACCAUGGACAACAACCGGCUGGAAAAACUGGUCAAAAACUUCGUCGUGGAAGACAAGGCGAGGUUGGCGGCGAGAAAUAAGGCGAUGCCGUCGAGUAUCCAAUACGCCCUUCAAAAGUUUGAGAAAAAUACAAAGAAUGACUCAAGUGUGCAAAAAAGUCCGCUCAAAUCGAACAUUUUUGGCCCAGAAGGCGCGAAAGCGCUGGCUAAUGAGAUCCAGACCCCAAAGCCCGUAAUCAGCCAAAAGCCCCAAAUCUCCCCGAAACCCCGUUUCGCCGAAACGAUCGAGAUGACGCUUCCCGAAGACGUCAGCCCUCACGGCCUCCAGACCUGGCCUUUGAAGAACCGCGUCAUCACCACCGACACGGUGAAGAAAACGGCCUCGGAAGUGCGCCCCGACCCCCAAACUCCACAAUUCCCAAAUAGACCCACAACCAUCGACCAAGUAGCCCUCGAGGAAAAACGGCUCAUCAACGCGCUCAAAAAUGGGAUUUUGGACAGUGAGCUCUCCCAAAACCCUUCUGUUACAAAACCCAAAGAACCGGAAAAAGAAGUCACCACUAAAUGGGGCUUGCGGAACACGAGAAGGGUUGAACAACAGGUGCCUCAUCCGGAAUUGACGGUGGUACAGAGACAGCAUUUGAGGCAAACGAAUACCAAUCCGAUUCGACCGUUUUUGACACGGGGGUCGGUCGCCGAAAGGGUGCUGAUUUUCGAGAGGUGUCCCAGUGAUUUGUUGUUGGAUAAAAGGGCGAGGGCGCCGGUGACGCAAUUAGCCAAGCCGCAGACUGUUCCAAAACAACCUACUCUUCAGCACACCACCCUCCAGCGGCACAUCCGAACCCACCGCAACGUGAACAUCCCCCGCUUCCACUUCCCCACCGGCAAACCAGCCCCCCCUGGCCAUCUCGACACCAUCAAAUCCAAAAUCACCUCAACUUUCACCUCCAUCGACGGCCGCGCUUCCAGAGAAGACUUCUCCACCAUUGCUACAACCUGUCAGUUACCGCUUUAUUGGAAAACUCCCUUAUAUCUCGCCGCUUGUGCUGAUAAAGGGUCGUGCACCCAAGAACAGUUCAUGACUUUCUGGACGAGCAUGACGAAUAAUUCCCACGAUGCGGCCUCGAGAUUCGUCUAUAUUCUGACACGGGGGCGCCGGAAUUGGCUCGCACCGGAGGAUUUUAUUCCCUUGGUUCAAGAUGUGGUCGAAACACAUCCGGGGUUGACUUUCUUGAAGGAAGCGACGGAGUUCCAUUCGCGUUAUGUGCAUACUGUUAUUGCCCGGAUUUAUUACUGCGUUAAUAGGUCUUGGUCCGGGAGGAUCUCAAUUCCGGAAUUGAGACGAUCGAAUUUACUUAAUGUUAUCCAGUUUUUGGAGGAAGAGGAAGAUAUCAAUCAGAUUACUCAGUACUUUAGUUAUGAACAUUUCUAUGUGAUUUAUUGCAAGUUUUGGGAACUCGAUCGUGAUCACGAUUUGUUUAUUGAUAAGCAAGACUUGACCAGACACAACGAUCACGCUCUUUCGUCACGAAUCAUCGACCGCAUCUUCAGUGGCUGUGUGACCCGCGGCCAGAAGAGGUCACAACACGAUGAAAAAAUGUCAUACACGGAGUUCGUUUGGUUCUUGUUGAGUGAAGAAGAUAAACAGCACCCCACCGCUAUAGAGUAUUGGUUCCGGUGUAUGGACAUCGAUGGUGAUGGGUAUUUAUCCAUGUACGAAUUGGAGUAUUUUUAUGAGGAGCAAAUGCAGAGAAUGGAAGCUAUAGGAAUUGAAACUUUACCCUUUCAAGACUGUUUGUGUCAAAUGUUAGACAUGGUGAAACCGAAAAUUCCAGGGAAAAUUGCCUUAAGUGACUUAAAGAAGUGUAAAAUGACGCCUAUUUUCUUUGAUACGUUCUUCAACCUUGAAAAGUAUUUGGAUCACGAGCAGAGGGAUCCUUUCGCUUCGCAGAGAGACCAUGAUAUUGACGGGCAAGAGAUGUCCGACUGGGAUCGCUACGCCGCCGAAGAAUACGAACUGCUGGUGGCUGAGGAAGGCGGCAAUGACCAACAAGACAGUCUGGAGUACGAUUGUGGCUUUGACAGGCUCAUUCGAUGAAGGUGGAGACGAAGAUGUUCUUUCGCCGAAUCUUGAAUUAGUAUUAGACGGUGAUGAACCAGAGGAGUUAUCAACUGAUAGCGACGAGUGCAGUAUUUAGCAUAAGUAAUUUGUUAUCGUUUUCUAGUCGCACGACUCGGAAUUAUAGUUUAAGUAUAUUCCUGUUUGCACAAACCCGUUAUUUAUCCAGUUGAGUUUGUUAUUAUGUUUAUUAGACGAACAGUAAGAGUGAUCUUGAAGAGUAUUUUGUAUUGUUGUAUUAAUAAAUUGUGUAAUUUAGAUGGAUCUUAGACAACUAAUCGAAUCUCGGUUACAAGGUAUUACCGACUUUUUCUUACUAAUGUUAUUUAUUUGCGUAAUGAUGGCGCUAGACUUGGGUGCAGCUGUUGUUAGCGAAGAAUAUCAACGACAUUUCUGCCACCACUUCGUUAAUAUUCUUUGCGGAUUUUUUAAAUAUAGUUUAUUUAAUACAUUUGAUUAAAAUCCAGUAUCAAUUUUACUAGUCAUUUUUAUUAUUCAUACUCGUUUUAUUAUGUAAUGUAUAAAACACUAAAUAUAUUGGUUUUCUCUUAA